AUGGCCUCUCCCCAGCACAUCUCGGAGGAAACCGUGAAAUCUAUGGCCCUCAAUAAGAAAACAACUCCUGUCGAGCACAAUUUUAUUUCGCUUGCUGAAAAGAUGCUGUUUAGCAACAAAGUUCUGCGGGAUGACCCACAACCUCGCGCCGACGUAACUGUACCACCAACGACCUGGGUUUUUCGUCCAACGCCUGCUAUAAAGGCGGAUGUCUUGGAACUGUUGCAGACCCGCCCUUUUAUCCGCGAAGAGUAUGAGGACGCUCUCCAAGACAUAAUCACGGCCGCAACGACGGGAAACACCAAGAUGACUGUCCCGUUCGAUAGGGAUGACGACGAGGAGUUUUCGGACGAUGAGGAAGAAUCCUUGGAAGAUGAGGAACAGGUACCCCCUUCCAGCUCAGAGCCAACUACCGGAAAGCGGCGUUUCCGUGAAGAGGACUCCACGGAUGAUAGAGAGAAGAAAAAGCAGCGACUGGAUGACGGCGGGCGUAGCAAACCAUCUCCGCAGUACACCAAUCCGUUCCGAGGCCAGCAAAUCGACACGAAACUAAUAAGGGGCUACGUUGUUCUUGGCCAUCGUGGUAUAGGGAAAACCAUCUUCCUCUAUUAUAUUCUUCUUUUACGUCUACAGGCGAACCAACCUACUAUCCUACAGGGCGUUUUCUCCGUGUCUAUGGCCGAUUUUAUGGACGUAGCAAAGCUCAUCCCCGACAAUGCAUGGUGUCUCGUAGAUUCUAACGAGACGUUACAGGGCGUGCCGCUUCCUAUCACUAAGUCAUCGUUUUUCAUCAUACAGGCAGCGCGUGCACGCAAAGAUCACCUUCAGUGGCAAAACCAAGUCCUUGGCAUCCACCAAUAUGUUAUGAAGCCGUUCACGUUGUCAGAGCUCAUUGUCGGACGAAAUCGAACCCUGAACGUUGGCGAAAGCAUCUCCGAAGUUUCGUUGGAGAAAUAUCGCCAAUCGUAUACGCCAUCUGCGCGUACUGCCUAUGAGUCUGCGAAUGAUCUUGACAAAUUUAUGACGAGUUUUCCCAACUUGGAUGCCGUGGACGAAGAAAUUCUGUAUCACUUCUUUUAUGUUACACCCGAAGCUGGAGGUGAUCGAAGUUACGCUGCUAUGCAGAUUGUUAGUAGAAAAGUCAGCGAGCUCAUGAUCACACAGUCGUUGGGCCUGUAG